AUGCCUAAUACAUAUACAAUUGUAGCUAUAAGCGGUAUCAUACGAACUAAAAUUCAAAUAUCUAGUUUAACUGGAGACGACAAAACUUUGAGCGAACACUUAAAAUUGCCAAUUCAACGAAUAAAUGAUUACCAGUUUUUAUUAAAGGAAUUAAUAAAAUACUCACAAAAUGUGUCUGACAAUACUAAAGACUUACAAAAGGCUUUGGAGUUAAUGCUUAGCGUUCCCAAUAGAGCAUUUCAUAAUAAAUUUUUAUCUAGUAUAGAAGGAUAUAGAGGAAAUAUAUAUAAAAUUGGACGUUUACUAAACCACGACUGGUGGACUGUUAAAGAAUCUGCUCAAAAGUUACACGAACGGUAUUUAUUUCUAUUUAAAUCAAGGAUUUUAAUAACUAAAGUAAGAAAAAUAAAUGAGGAACGAUCAAUUUUUCUUUUGCAAAACAUUAUAAAGCUACCUGAUUGCAAUAUUGAAAAUAAUUCCGUAGAAAAUCUGUUGCACAUAACAGAAAAGCAAGGGAAAAGUCAAAUAUUUUUACCGCUUGAAUUAAAACCACACAGAAAAGAAAUUCGAGACAAAUGGUUUCAAGAAAUAGUUUCGCACAGGGAUGAUGACUCGACAUUGCAGGAACAUUUGGCAGACGAUUUACGUGUGGAUACAAGUCAAGUACUUCAGGAAAAUGAAUUGCUUUUUCACUUGCCACAGAAAGCUGUAGCCCAUAAUCCCUACUCUGGAAUAAAAGCCUCAGACGUAGCUCAAGAUUACUAUUUAAGUGAGGAGGAGAAGGCAAAAUACUACGAAGAAAAUAAAUUAGCACUUAAGAUCAAAGGUGAACUACUUGAAGAAAGAAAAACAUUGGAAGAAAACAUCCAAUCGAUUUGUAACUCUGAAAACGUUUUAGUUGAAAAGAAAGUAGCCUGCCCAGAUAUAACUGAAGAAAAGGAUUCAGCUUCGGCCACUGAGAGGAAGGAUUAUUUAAAUAUUUCGCAUGAUCAAACGACAAUUGUGGAAAGCGAAAACCUAAAUCAAAAGAAUACAGAUGAAUCUACAAAAGAAUUCAAUUCUAUUAAAAAAAGUGUUGACUUGGCCAAAAUUACUACCUACUCAACUGAAAACAAUUUAAGUUCUGACAAAAAACAAGAUUCCGUUGGUAAGGACAGCGAAAUAGUAAAUACCUCAUCCACUGACUGUUCAUUUAAACCAUUUCCAUUGAUAAAAAUUAGUGAGACACCAAAAAUUGUAGAUACAAAUAGAACAAUUACUCUCAAUGAUAUUCCUUUUUAUAAAGAAUCGUCCAAAUUAACAUAUAAUGUAACGGCAGCAGCAGAUGAUAAUAACAGUUCCAGGCAAAAUAGAAAUGUUACUAACAUUAAAGGUAGUGCUUCUCUUCAGCAAUGGUCUAAUUCUUUAACAAACCUAAUUAGCACACCAUAUGAAGGUGGAGGAACUUCAGACCCCCCUCCGCCUUUACCGCCGAAUGUUCAUCGCAUGCCUGGCUUCUUUCAACCGCUUCCACGCAUAUCAUAUGAAACUACUAUUGAAAUACUAAUUGUUAAAACUCGGCCACCAUCGCCUCCUCCUUUACCGCAAUCCAUAAAAAAGCUAAUACUUCAUAAUGAAAGCUUAGAGCAGAAAUCUGAAAACUUUCUUAAAGGCAUUUAUGAUUCGCAAUGCUUUGAUACCUCUAUUCAUACCGCUAAACAAAAGUUACGAUACAUUAAAAGUGCAGUAAUAAAAUCCAGUGAUUCUACUAAAUAUGCUGAAGAUACAGUUAAAAAAGCUAAAGCCCGUGAUUUUUUACACAUAUUUACUCCCCCACUAAAAAAUAAAAGACCCAUCUACGAGAUCGUGGAAGUUCCAUUACCUGAAAACCAAUCCCAAGACCAAAUUGAAGAUAUCAAUCAGGAAACCAAGGAAUUAGGCGCAGAGCUUGAAGUAACAGACCAAAACAUUAACAAAAUGGAAGACUAUUUAUCUGGAUACUCCUCCAAAUAUUCAAGGAAGCGAGCUGAAUUGAGUACGACGACACGCGAUUACGAUAGAGGAUCUUAUGACAACUACAGCGAAAAUUUAGGAAGCACUGCGAGCUCAAGAUUAGAAAGGAGGAAACAAGACGAACACAGAUCUAUAUUCUCCUCAAGCCGGGCUGAAAGCAGAACAGAAGAUCAUUAUGGAUCUAGAAUCGGUACUCGGUCAUCUUCACGAGUGAUGGAAGAAAAAAAUCUCAAAUCUGUAGGGAAGCCCGUUAUUACUAGAGCAUGCAAAAGCGUUCAAGUUCAACCUGGGGAAAGUGCACAUUUCGAAGUACAAUUUGCGGAAAAGCCAGGGUUGGUGGUUUGGCUAAAAGAUAAUAAACCGUUGGUGGAUAAGCUUGCAGACCGUGUAAUCCAAACUGAGGCGGCAAUGAAUUCAUACCGAUUAGAUAUCAAAAACUGCAGAGAAUCUGACGCUGGAACGUACACUGUGAAAGCAGCAGCUGGCGUUGAGAGUACAACAUGCUCGGCACAAUUGGCAGUGGGCCAAGUUUCAGGACAUGACGAAACAGAAACAAAUGUUGCGCCGGUUUUCCUUGUGCAGUUGAAAGAUGCUGAAAUGUUGGAAAAUACACAUUUCCGGUUUAUGAUCAAGGUGAUGGGCGAUCCAAAGCCACGAGUAGGCAGUAUUUAUCGUCGUCAGUCACUUCGCUCACCUCCCCCAUCGGCCUUCUCAGAUGUAUGUACUACUGCUGACGAAGCUGUUGGUAACUACGAGCCAGGCUAUCUGAGUCAGGAUUUGGAUAUAACUCAACAGCAGGCCGAAGAUGUAAAUACGCACGAAAUAACCCUAUGGGCUGUUUUCAACGAAAUAGCAACGUUAAGAGCGGAGAACGCACGCGUACUUAGUCUUGUAACUGCUCUGUAUGAAGAUAAGAAUACUCUUGCUAAAACUACUAAAGAUCUUCGUACAGAGCUGUGCUCUUUGCAAAAGAUAAAUACUGCUGCCGCGGGCGUCAACGACUUCGAUGCUAGUUCUACUGCGCGUACUCUUAAUACGCCCACGCAUAGAAUCUCUUGCUCUGCAGUCUCUGCUAGUGUUGCUGAUACGAGCGCGAGUACGAACCCAUCUGCUUGUGUUGCUGUUUCUCCCUCCGCUUUGGCUCCCAUGGCAUAUUCGACUCAGGCAGCGGCCUCGGCUAGUGACACUGUGAAGCAAGGCGAUCAAAACAUCGAUAAUAAUCAUAGCUCAGACAGCGUUGUUGAAAUCAAAACGAAUGAUAAACAUAAACAUGGGCUGCGGGAGUGGUUGAGGCAAUUAAAAUUGCCCACGUCAGGAUGCAAAGCUACACUUGCGCUGCGGGUUAGUGAAGUGCCUAAAAAUCAGCGUGGUGUUUGUCCCAUUGUUCAUACUGGGUUAGAAGGUGAUGCUGAGAGUGAGACAGAUGAGGUACAAGCUCUUCAAGAAAAUGAAAAUGCAGCCCUUACUUCUAAGCAGCAAACAAAUGUAGAUCAUGAAAGCUAUGGUAAUCGUGAUGCUGCUGAAGUUAACGUUUUGUUUUUACAACGAGAGGUAGAGUUGUUAAAGCGUGAGAAGGAGUUUUUAGUUAGGGAGAAUGAGUUUUUGCGCAGACUUUCGAGUAUCGGUGAGAGUGCAGGUGCAGCGCUGCCGCGUCGUGAGCUGAAUAACCCAGUAAGCAGAUCAGUUGACAAUUUAAAAGGAUUGGUGCCGGAGUAUAAUGGUGAUGCUAGUGUUGACGUCUGGGUUACACAAAUUGAAAAUAUGAGAGUUAUGUUUGCAGUUGAUGAGGAUACUAUGCGUUUGCUAUUAUUUGGGAAGUUAAAAGGCAAGGCACAGCAAUGGCUGUAUUCAAAGCCGAAUUUUUUACUUGAAAGUUUUGUGCAGUUGGUUACCGAAUUAAAGGAAGUGUUUGGUACAAAACACAGCAAACUAAGCUUGCGUAGAAAGUUUGAGAUGCGAAAGUGGCAGCAGAAGGAGAGUUUUAACGAAUAUUAUAAUGACAAGGUGAUGCUGGCAAAUCUGUUGAAAUUGGAAGAAGAGGAGUUGGUGGAGUACAUCAUAGAUGGUAUUGCUGAUGAACAAUUACGCAUUCAGGGUUAUCUGCAGUGUUACUCUAAUAAGGUGCAGUUAUUGCAAGCAUAUUCAAAAGUUAAGCAGAAAAUAGCGGUGGUAAAGUCUUCAGCUAUAUCAGUUACAAAGAAUGCUGAUGUGAGAUGUUAUAACUGCAAUUUGUUGGGUCACUAUGCGUCGGAGUGCCAAAAACCUGCUAGGGAAAAGGGAGCUUGUUAUGCCUGUGGGAGUAAGGCGCAUCGUGUCAACUGCUUAAUAGAUUCCGGAAGUCCUAUCAGUUUUAUUAGAAAGUCUAGUGUUCCUGGAGAAAUUAAUAUUAAUUUAUUUCCAAAUGUUACUUCAGAGUUUUUUGGUUUAAAUAAAUCGAAGGUUGAAACUUAUGGAAAAUUUUUGUGUUCCAUCUUAUUGUACGGAAAAGAAUUUGCAAUAACUUUUAUCAUAGUAGCUGAUAGGACAAUGGUCUAUGAUGCAGUCUUGGGUAGAGAUUUUUUGAAAAUUUGUGGAUUUAAGAUAUUAAAAGAUUACGGUGAAAAUGUCGAAUUGGAAAGGUUGAAUAGUCAGGGUGAAUCAAAAUUUGAGUGCAAAAAUUGUGGAGACUUGAAAAUUUUGGAGAAUGAUAGUAGUGAUAAAGAUUGUAAAAGUAAAGAAAAGAAAAAUGAUUAUGUUAAAGAGGGAAACACAAAAUUAGAGAAAUAUGAAGACAAUGAUGAAAUUUUAUUAGAAGAUGUUAAUGAAAGUGUGGGAGGUGUUAAUGAAAGUGUGUGCGAUGAUAACGAGAGAAGCAAUGGUGAAUUUUUAUUUGAUAAAUUGUUGAUGGUAGUUUUGCCAAGCGAACAUCAUGACGUCAACCUUAAAGUGGGGGAAAAUGCUAGUUUUUCGGACCAAAUAGAACUUAAUCAUUUGUUUGAAAAGUAUUAUGUUAAGUGGCAACGUUUCCCAGAACCAAAAGUUAAAAGUCAGAUGAAACUGACGUUAAAUAGUGUUAAACCAUUUAGUUGCCCACCUCGACGCUUAUCAUAUAGCGAGAAGAGUGAACUUCAGAAAUUGUUAGAUGAGUAUUUGGAGAAAAACAUCAUUAGGCCAAGUGAAUCUGAGUUUGUGUCACCAAUUGUUUUAGUUCGUAAGAAAACUGGUGAUCUCAGGAUACGCUUUAUACGAGAUUACUCAAUAAUCGCCAAGCCACUUUCCGAUUUGCUUAGGAUGGAUGAAACUUUUAAAAUGGGUGUAGAUCAGUUGUUAGCUUUGGAAGAGUUAAAAAAGGCCCUGAUAAAUGCACCGGCAUUGAAAUUUUUCGAUCCUUCAGCGGAAACGGAAAUACACGCUGAUGCUUCUAAACAUGGUUUUGGAGCCGUGUUAUUGCAAAAAGAUUCGGAGGAUCAGUUGUUCCACCUAAUAGAGUACAUGAGCCGAAAAACCACAUUGGCAGAAGAAAAGUGCUGCGCAUUUGAGCUCGAGAUCUUAGCGGUGGUGAAGGCAUUGCAGAAAUGGCAUACUUACCUUAAAGAUAGGAAAUUUAAAAUAGCAAGCGACUGCAAUGCGUUCGCCAUGACAGUUAAGAAAAGAGAUGUACCAGAUAGGUGUAUGGAUAUUGAAGUAGUUCUUGGCGAAGAAUUGUGUUUAAAAGCUGAAAUAACAAUAAAUCGAGACGGUUUGAAAAUUAAAAGGAUCCAAGUGGACACUGACGCGAACGAAGAAAUAGCUUUAAUGAAAAUAGAUGCGGUAGUUGAUAAAUAUGAACUCGACAUUGAUGUUAACGCAAGUGAGGUGGCAAAACGAAAAGUGCGUGAACUGAUAUCAGAUUAUAAACCAGCUAAGACUGCAACAACAAAUGUAGAGAUGCGUAUAGUGCUAAGUGAUGAAUCACCAAUUUUCUUGAGACCGCGCCGAUUGCCUUUCUCACAAGCUGCUAUUGUGGACGCACAAGUGGACGAAUGGCUAAAGGACGGAAUAAUUGAAAUGCGAACAAAAGAUGAUCACCAAAUACGCGACCUCAUCCAUCAGGAAAUUACAACACUAUUUAGCAACGAGCGUUGCGAACAACGUAGGCAGGCGAAGUUGCAAAUCCUCAAAAUUCAGCAAGAAAACAAGAAAACUUAUUAUCUCAGACGUAAAUCAGCGCAUCCGUAUAAAGUCGGUGACUUGGUAGCAAUCAAGCGUACACAAUUUGGUAGCGGUCCCAAGCUGAAACCAAAAUUUUUGGGUCCCUACCAAAUAACGAAAAGCAAAGGUAACAACUCGUAUGAUGUACGAAAACUUAAAAAUUCUGAAGGUCCGAUUAAUUCAACAUCCUGCGCUGAAUAUAUGAAGCCGUGGGCAAAAGAUAGCGACGCAACAUUCGAGGCGAAUUUUAUGAUUUUUAUGCGUAUAGAAGACAAAAAUCCUUUUGGGUCCUUAAGUGGUCAAAUUCUUCAACCUGGAGAAAAGACCACAUUCGUGUGGAAGCGUAAUGGAGUCGAUUUCGAUCCAGAAGAAAGAUUCAAGGUUUUGUUUGGCGAAGAUGAAGAUUCAUUAGCUCUGGUAUUCCAACACGUCAAACCAGAGGAUGCAGGAAUUUAUACAUGCGUGGCUCAAACAUCUACUGGCAAUAUUUCAUGUAGUGCUGAACUUUCCGUUCAAGGUGCAAUACAAACAUUGCACCGAGAACCCGAAAAACCAUCUUUGAUCAUUGAACAUCGUGAAGCUAACACCAGUAUAGGCGGAACAGCAAUCCUGGAAUUACAAUGCAAAGGUUUUCCUAAACCGGGAGUUCAAUGGAAGCAUGAUGGGGAAGUUAUCGAAUUAGGCGAAAAGCACAAGAUUCUCUAUGCGGAUGAGGAAAGCAUGUCUUUAGUAAUAAAAAACAUCACAACAGAAGAUGCAGGUGAAUACACCAUACUUGCUAAGAACGAGUUGGGUGAAGAAGAAUCGUCGAUAAGUCUAGUGGUUAAAGCUGGACCUAGAAUCAAAAGGGUAAAUGAUGUAUCUUGUUUUGCCGGUGAAACAAUCAAACUGGAAAUAGAAAUCGAUGCUUUUCCUAAACCUCUUAUUAAUUUAACAAAUAACGGUAGAGAUAUUACUAAUGAUGCAAACGUAAAACUUUCCACUAGUUCAAUAGGAAAAUGUACUGAGAAUAUUGUAUUAGAAGUUAGCAACAUAGAACUCCAUCAAAGUGGAAACUAUUCAAUUCGAGCUACAAACGAUAUAAGCCAAUCUUCUGAAUAUUGGCAGUGCAUUGUUAAAUCAAAACCAAUUAUAAUAAAGCAUUUAGAGGAGGAAUACGUAAAUGGGGAAAAGGAAACCGUUAUAAUGAGUGUUAAAGUUGAUGCUUUUCCGGAAGCUAAAGUCCGAUGGUUUCAAGACGGGAAUGAGAUUAAUUUCGUCAAUAAUGUAAAAUAUAGCUCCUCUGUGGAAGGGAAUGAACAUGUACUUAAAAUAAAAGAAGUAACUCGCGUCGACUCCGCAAAAUAUGAAGUAAUAGCAGAAAAUGAACAUGGCUGUGCAUCAAGUGAAACAAAAUUAUUAAUAAAAUGCACUCCGGAACUCACAAAGAAGUUGUCAAAUAUUAUAGUCACCGAAGGUGAUUGCAAUGUUGAUUUAGAAGUUCGUGUUCAUGCUUACCCACCGCCGAAGAUUCAAUGGUAUAUAGAUGGUAUAGAGAUCGAUGAAAAAAGAAAAGAAUUUCGCCGAGUCGAGGAGAACAACGUAUACAAAUUGGUACUUAAAGAAGUCAACACAUCAAUGCAGGGCACAUAUUGCUGUAAAAUUAUGAACGAUUAUGGAAAACUUGAGAAUGAAUGCAUAGUGACAGUAAACUGUAAACCAAAAAUUAGAAAACCAUUGAAGGAUACUGAAGUUCAAGCAAAUGGAACGCUUACUUUAGAAACCGACAUUUAUGCAGUGCCCGAACCAACUGUUAAGUGGUUUAAAGAUGGACAAGAAAUUGAAGCUGACGCACGUGUAAAAAUUUCACGAGAUUCUUAUCGCUCCGAGGAUUAUUUCUUGUCUCUUACAAUUUGUCAACCAAAGGACGCUGGUACGUACGAAGUGAAGGCUUUAAACAGCAUCGGGGAGAGCCAGUCGCAGUGCAAGGUGCUAAUUUUGACAAUUCCUGAGAUUCAACACGCGGACAUUUUAGAAAAACACAGCUUCGAAUCAGUGCCACUAAAAUAUGAAAUUAUCGCCAAAGGGAUCCCUAAACCGGAAGCUCUGUGGUAUCAUGACGGCAAGCCAAUUCAUGCUGACAAUCGUGUGGCAACUUUUGUUGACGGUGACAAAUAUAGAUUGGAGAUAAAAGAACUUGAACUUUCAGACGCCGGUGAAUAUAAAGUAAUAAUCAAAAAUAAAUGUGGUGAAAAAUCCUUGCAAGGAGUUCUUUCUUUAUCUGGUGUUGCAGAGUAUCGAAAGCCUCUUCUGAAAAGUGGUUUACGCGAUAUUACUACUAAUAAAGGGCACUCGUUAGCAAUACCAAUUGUAUUCACUGCAGAUCCUCAGCCUAAAAUUACAUGGCUCAAAGAUGGGAAACCUUUGAAGGAACAAGACAAUUGUAAUAUAAAUGAAACUGUGAAGGAUAUUGAAAAUGGUCUCAAGGAAUACACGUAUACCUUAAAUUUCGAUGAAUGUCAACAUAAGGAUUCUGGACAUUAUGAGCUGCAGAUACUAAAUAAAUAUGGUGAAAUAAGUACCAGUGGCUGGAUUGAUGUUUUAUCAAAGCCAGAAAUUAUUGGUCUCAAAGAUUGCAGUUGUCUUCCUGAUGAUACCAUAGCUUUUGAUGCCAUAAUUUAUGCAAAUCCUAAACCUAAAGUUACGUGGACUCGAGGAAACGAAAACCUCUGCAACAAUGAAAACUGCGAAGUAAUUGCCGACCUAGAUGGCGAUAAAUACAGACUAGUUUUCCAAUGUGUUAAGCCUGUGGAGGAUGGGUUAUACACAUUAACUGCAGUCAACGACCAGGGAACGACUACAUCGAGCUUCCAUCUCAAUGUAAAAGUCGAGAAGCCGACAUUUAUAACAUUACCGGAGGAUCAAUCAGUACAGGACUAUUUCCCGGCCGUUGUACAUGUGCUGGCUCAUGGCAUACCGAAACCGACAAUUGAAUGGAAAAAAGGUCUUACGAUAAUCCACGACGGAAUUAAGAAAAUGAGUAACGAGGAAACGUAUAGUUUAAAACAUUUUUCACAAGGUUCAGAUCAAUUGGGAAGCCAAUUUGAAAUAUCUAAUUUUAAGCCUACAGAUGCUGGAACGUAUUCUGUUGUUGCUAAAAACCAAAUAGGCUCCAGUGAGGCACAAUUUCAACUUUCCCUUUUGGAAUUGGCUCCAUCAUUUGAAUCAAAGUUCGAUAACGCCAAAGAAAUAUCUCAAGAUGAAGACCUCGUCCUGCAGUGCAAAGUGCUCGGAAGUCCCCUUCCACUAAUUCGUUGGUUUAAGGAUGGUGAAGAAUUGAAACCAAAUGAGCACAUAAAAAUAGCUUCAUCUCCCAGCGGUCUCAUAAAAUUGGAAAUAUCAAAUAUUAAUCCAAUUGAUUCUGGAGCGUAUAAAGUAGUCGUUUCAAAUCCGCUUGGAGAAGUAUCGUCAUUAUGUGCAAUCGCGGUAACUCCUAAGGAACAUCCGCCUUCAUUUGUCAGACAGAUAGCAGAUGUUAAAGUUUCUGUUGAUGAACCACUAAAAUUGGAAGCUCAGGUUGUGGGAUUUCCUGCGCCCGAAGUCAAGUGGCUUAAAAAUGGAGUUGCGUUACGUCCAAGCAAUAGCUUAAAUUUCAUAAAUAACCCAAAUGGAAUCGUUGGCUUGAGCAUAGAUAAUGUGCAACCUCAAGAUGCUGGCAUAUAUAAGUGUAUCAUAGUCAACAAAAAUGGUGAAAUGGAAGGAAGCUCUACCGUGACUGUAUUAGCAAAGGAUAAAGAACCAGAGUUUAUAACAGAGUUGCAUGAUACCAAUUGUAUUGAAGGAUUUCCCUUAAAGUUACAAAUAAAAGUAGUAGGAAAUCCUCUUCCGGACAUUAAAUGGUUUCGUAAUGGCAAAGAAAUUUUCGCUGCCAAGGGCCAGUGUACUUUUAUACAAAAUAAUGAUGGUGCAUGUAGUUUAGUUAUUGAGCAGGCUAAUUUGAAUGACUCUGGAUUAUAUGAAGUAGUUGCUUCAAAUAUAAAAGGUGCUGCUUCGUCAAAAGCAAGAUUACAUGUCGCUUUGAAAAUGGACGAAUCUAUGCCAGAGGAACCUCCUCGAUUUGUGUCAUCUAUUAGAGACGUAAAUGCAAAUGAAGGAGAUGAGAUCAAUAUAUCUGCAGCAUUUGUUGGAAAUCCUAUUCCUGAAGUUAUUUGGUCAAAAGAUGGAACCCCUCUCUCCAUUGAUAAUCGCUUUUUAAUUGAAUGUGAUGGUAAACAUGUUAAUUUGAAUAUAGCUCCUGCUGAAGCUAGUGACUCGGGUACAUAUAGCUGCCUCUUAGCUAACCCACUUGGCGAAGAUAACUCUUCUUGCGAAGCUAAUGUCAGAAAAGUUUACAAAAAGCCUAUAUUUACUCAAAAGAUAUGUGAUCAACAACAAUUAAUUGGGUCUGAUGCAAAAAUAGCUGUAACUGCUUCUGGCGUGCCUAAUCCUGAACUGUCAUGGUACUUUCAGGACAAGCCCAUUUCAACAGGGGAUAAAUACCACAUAACUAACGACGGUGAUCACCACGGAUUAGUAAUCAAAAACUGUCAAAUAAACGACCACGGUGUAUACAAAUGUAUCGCGAGAAAUAGGGAGGGUAGCGAUGUUACUCAAGGCCGGUUAGAUGUGGUAAAUGAACUGAAAAAAUACGUUCGAUCUGAACCACCAACAUUCCUAAAGAAAAUUGGAGAUUGUGAAAUUUAUCCUGGUAUGACUGCAAAAUUUACAGCGUGUGCCACAGGUAGUCCUGAACCUGAAGCGGAAUGGUUUAAGAAUGACCAAAAACUUUUCCCUAGUGGGAAAAUAUCUAUGGACCAUGAACCCAAUGGCUUACUGCGACUAACUAUUAAAGAUGCUGACGAUACUGAUGUUGGGCGCUAUUCGUGCCAUAUAUUUAAUCCAUAUGGAGAUGACACGUGUCAUGCUCAUCUUUUUUAUGAUACUAUUGACGACCAUAACAGAAGACCAUUAUCAGAGCAAUAUAAUGAUUUGAACAAGUUCAAAAAGACAGGCGUUCCCACACCACUUACGGAAAGGCCAACCAUAUCACGAAUGACUGACAGUACCUUAAGAUUGUCUUGGAGACCAUCAGUGUUAGCAUCACCGCGAUAUCCUGUAACAUAUCUGGUGGAAAUGAUGGAAUUGCCAGAAGGAGAUUGGCGCACUCUUCAUACAGGAGUUCGAAACUGCAUCUGCGAUAUAAAGGGAUUGGAACCUUUCCGUGAAUACCGUUUUCGUGUUCGAGUUAAAAAUAAGUAUGGUGUUAGCGAUCCUAGCCCAUAUGUCCAGACGUACAGGUAA